GUUCGUUCGAAGGCGGAAGCUUGAUUGGAAGAGGGUCAGUCGGGGGCUGGCGGGUGUCGGAGACGGAGCCCCGUUGGGGCUUCCGGUCUGCACAGAGAAGAGAGGGAGGCAGAGGCGUCGGGCAAUAUGGAGAACAUAGCAGAGGCAGUGACGGGGGAGUGCCCCCCUGCGGCCAGCAGCAUGGAUUCCCGGCCGCUGUUCCAGACGCUGCACAUGCUGGCAGAAGACAACGCCGCCUUCUUCCAGACCAGCACCAGCGAGACGGGCCAGCGCUUCCUGGCGGCCUUCACGGCCAUCCGGGAGCACGCCCGGUGCCUGGAGCCGGUGCUCAGCCACUUUGCCACCAUCUACCACAUCUUUGACCUGGACGAGCACACGCUGGCCAACGGCUACCGCAGCCUGGCCCAGACGGUGUGCUGCUGCCUGGCCCACAUCGUCCACAAGAGCCGCUACGUGGCCACCAACCGCCGUAGCAUCUUCUUCCGCAGUAGUCACAACUGUGCCGAGCUGGAGGCCUACUGCACCGCCUUGACCCAGCUCCGGGCCUUGGUCUACUUGGCUCAGCGGCUCCUCACCCAGAACCGGCCCGGCUGCCUCUUCAACCACGAGGACCGCGGGCUCUCGGAGCAGUUCCUGCAGGAGUACAUCACCAUGCAGAAAGGCUGCUUCUACGGCCGCUGCAUGGGCUUCCAGUUUGCACCCUCGAUCCGGCCCUUCCUCCAGACCAUCGCCAUCGGCCUCGUCUCCUUUGGGGAGAAUUACAAGCCUCAUGUUUCUGGCAUUGGGGUUGCAGCCAGCUCGCUUUUCACCAGCGGGAAGUUCGCUAUUGACCCUGAGCUGCGAGGGAUCGAGUUUGAGCGCAUCACUCAAAACCUGGACGUGCACUUCUGGAAAAGGUUCUGGAACCUCACCGAGAUGGAAUUGCUGGCUUCCCUGGCCAGUAUGGCCUCCUCCCAGGUCCGGUUGUGCCGGGCACUGUUGGUGCCGCCUCAUUCCUUCGACCUGCCUCUGGUCGCUGACCCCACCCUGAUGGUGACCAUCACGCCCCCGGUGGCCCACACCGGGCCAGGAGUCGUCCAGAUGAGGCUCAUCUCCCAUGAGCUGCGUGAGGGACAGGACAGCGAGGAGCUGAGCAACUUCCUGCGUCCCGAAGGCCCGCUGGCCCUGGAGCUGCGCUGGAAGACCAAGCCCUUGCCUCGCUCGCCUUACCUGGUGGUGCAUUUCCACGGCGGUGGCUUCGUGGCUCAGACCUCCAAGUCCCACGAGCCUUACUUGAAAUCCUGGGCCCAGAGUCUGGGCGCCCCCAUCCUCUCCAUUGACUAUUCGUUGGCCCCCGAGGCCCCCUUCCCUCGGGCCCUGGAGGAGUGUUUCUAUGCCUACUGCUGGGCCAUCAAGAACUGCCACCUGUUGGGUUCCACAGCACAGAGGGUGUGCCUUGCGGGAGACAGCGCCGGCGGCAACCUCUGCAUCACCGUCUCCAUGCGAGCGGCUGCCUUUGGGAUCAAGAUGCCGGACGGGAUCAUGGCGGCAUACCCGGCCACGCUCAUUCAGAUGUCGGCCUCGCCCUCCCGCCUGCUCACCUUGCUCGACCCGCUCCUGCCUCUUAGUGUCUUAUGCAAGUGCCUCAGUGCCUAUGCCGGGAUGGAACAAGAGUCGGAAGACUCCACCCUGGAGAAGCUCAGCCCCGUCAACAUGGUGCGCAGAGACACGGCCCUGCUGCUCCGGGACUUACGCCUGAGCGCCUCGGCCCUCUUUGGCUCCUUUCUGGAGAACACGGGCAAGAUCCCCGGGGCAGGGGGAACACCCGACGCCGUGAGGAAGAGCAUCUCGGAGGUGGGCCUGAAGUCCAAGUCGGUCUCGAGUUACAAAGACUCCCGCAAGAGCCAGACCUGCCAGGACCUGACCUGUUCCUCUGCUGGUCCCAUGGCCCCGAGCCAUGCCUCCAGCCAAGAGGCCCAGCCCGGCUUCUUCCUGAGCGACGGCGAGUGUGAGGCCACAACCUCAGGCAACGACAACGGCCUGAUCUUUCCCGACGGCUUCCAGCCCUUGCGCUCCAGCCAGCCGGCCACACACCUGGCCCUGGAGCUGUCGCCCAUCGUCAAGAACCCGUUCAUGUCGCCUCUGCUGGCCCCGGAUGGGAUGUUGAAGGGACUGCCGCCGAUCCAUAUAGUGGCUUGCGCCCUUGACCCCAUGCUGGACGACUCCGUGAUGUUUGCCCGGCGGCUGCGGGCCGUGGGGCAGCCGGUGACCCUGCGGGUGGUGCAGGACCUUCCCCACGGCUUCCUCAGCCUGUCGCAGCUGUGCCGCGAGACGCGCCAGGCCUCGGCCCUCUGCACGGAGCUCAUCCGGGACAUUCUGGUUCCGGAAGAUCCAGACUCUCCACAGGCCCCCGCUGCUGCCUCCGCCUCCUCCCUCCGGAAACAUCGCAAGCUGGAGCGGACCUUUCACGCCGGGGCUGCCACCAGCCAGGUGGCCCACCCCGCCCAGCAGAACAGCACGCCCGCCGGGCAAGAGGGCCUGAACGGGGCUGCUCCAGAGAGCAGCGCUGCGCCCAGCGCCGAGGACAGAGCACCGCCCAGCGCUCAGGAGCAUCAAAAGCCAGGGAGCGCUUCCCCGGGAGACCCGCAGAGCGGGUCCAGAGAUGGGGAGGCAUCCCCCUCCGAGGCUGCGGUCACCCCCAGCCAGGGUCCGAACCCCUCGGGCAGCACGGUGGGCAGAGGGGUGGGGGCCUGAGCCCCUCCGGAACAACUGGCUUCGAGACUGCGUGGCAUGGCGUCCUUUUGCGGUGGGGAAUCCCUCUUUGGUGCUUUGACUCUGUGUUUUGAUGAUUCCCAAGCACAAUGGCCCCAGGCCUCAACUCCCCCCAACCCCGAUCAUCCGUGGGGCCUCCUGUUGUGACCGGGGUGGGGUGGGGGUGGAACACGUGUUCUGUAUUAUCCAUUCCUCCACUUCCUGGAAUACUGUUUUUAUACGCAUUGGGUUGUUUUUUUAAAAAAAAAAACUGUAGAACUCUGCAGCCAAUAUUUCCUGGUGGUCUCAGAGUUUGUCCAGCACCAGCACCACCUCUCUCUCUCUCUCUCUCUUCCUGUCCUUCUUCUUAAGCAGAACACUCCAGUGUUACUUGAGCACCUUUGGAAAAGUUCCGUAUUACGGUGCGGGGCUUUUUGAGCCCUACUCUUUGCCACGGAGAGCACAAAUACUACCCGCCCUUCCCUUCAUGGGGCGUUCAGUCCUUCUAGCACUGCCCAACAAGCCCGUAAAAGCACUGUGGACACCUCCUACUCACCAUAUGUGUGAACAGUCGCUGCCCUGCCCCAUCGCUAGGUGAGACAGCCCCGAGCACUGCUCAGUAUUAGCUUUCUUUUGGAGAACACACGCGCACUGUGACCUCCCCCCCCCCCCAAAAAAAUCUGCUUCCUUCUUCCCCACCCCUGGCCCUGAUCUCAUCCUUUUGCCUUUUAUGACUGCUGCUGCUAUGAACCAAACAGGAGUGGAGUUGAGAGGAGAUGGGGGGUUCCUCCCCUCCCGAGAAGGGCUGCGGUAUUCCCUCUCCACCCUUUUCUUGGGGGCAGAGGGGACAGACUAUUUUUGUAAAUA